UCCUCCUCCUCCUCUCCUUCCUCUUCACACCUCCGCGCACACACCAUGCCUUCCGCCCAUACCCCGCCCAGCGCCCGCCGCCGCUCUCUCUCCGACCCCAUCGCCGCCGCCCUCCGCCCGCCUGUCGACGAGACCCCCGCAGAGCGCGAGCGCCGCCUCAUCGCCGAACACGACGCGAAGAAGAUCAGCGACUCCAUCGACGAGCAGAUCAGGCUCGACAGGGCAGAGCUCAAGAAGAACAAGCCUGACGUCAAGGUCCUCCUCCUGGGCCAGAGCGAGAGCGGCAAGAGCACGACCCUCAAGCGUGAGCACUCCCCCCCUCCACCACUUUCAUUUUGCUCCCCCCUUUUUCUUUUCUUUCCGUCGCCCGUGUGCCCGCGCGUCGUGGCCGCCUCGGGGAACGUCCAGCCCGCACACGCGUACUACUCCGCCCGCCUCGCCGCCCUCGUCGACCUCGAGGCCCGCCUCAUGCGCAUGCUCGGCGACGAGGACGAGGACGAGCCCACGCGCCUCGACGACGGCAGCGCCCCGGGCUGGUCUCUCGUCCCCCCGCCCGCGCUCGCCGCCCCGCGCCCGGAGAUCUCCGUCAACACGAGCCCGCGCACCGCCCCGCCGACCCCGUCCGCGCGCUCGCCGCUCGCGGCCGUCGCAGGCCUCGGGCGCGGCGGCGAGAUGUCCGUCCGCCCGACGUCCAACUGGAAAAAGGCGCUCGGGCUCGGCGGGAGCAAGCUCAAGGGCGCGAGCCCGGGCACCGGCGAGCUGCUCGGGUGGUGGGAGGAUCCGGCGGAUCCGGUGCAUGUGCUGUCCAAGUACAGCGGCGUGAUGGUCGAGCUUUGGGACGAUCAGUGGGUCAAGGCGCGUCUGCGGGAUCGGCGGAUACGGCUGGAAGAGAGUAGCGGUUUCUACCUAGACGAGAUCGAACGGAUCACGGCGAAGAAAUAUAUCCCGACAGACGACGACGUGCUCAAAGCGCGGCUGAAGACCGUCGGCGUCGUCGAGCACGCGUUCCUCCUCACUCAAGGCCACACGCGCGGGAUGAACUGGAAGAUCUACGACGUCGGCGGCGCGCGCAACCAGCGCCAAGCAUGGGCGCCGUACUUCCAAGACGUGAACGCGAUCAUCUUCCUCGCGCCGAUCUCCGCGUUUGACCAGGUGCUCGCAGAGGAUCCGCGGGUCAAUAGGCUCGAAGACUCGCUGCUGCUCUGGCGCUCGGUCGUUGCGAACAAGUUGCUCUCGCACGUGAACAUCAUCCUCUUCCUGAAUAAGUGCGAUCUGCUGCAUACGAAGCUGGAGGCGGGCGUGCAAUUGAGCCACCACAUGUUCUCGUACGGCGAGCGGCCGAACGACUACGACUCCGUGUCGAAAUACCUGCGGAACAAGUUCGGCGCGCUGCAUCAGCAGAGCUCGCCCAACCAGGACCGGGAGCUGUUCAUCCACUUCACGGCCGUGACGGACACGCGCCGCACGACGACCAUCAUCCAGAACGUGCGGGACUUUAUAUUGAAGGCGAACCUCAAGGACUCGAAGCUGAUCUCAUGAGCCGCGCCCUGCGUCCGGCGCGCGUUUCCCUGUUUUCCUGUUCGUUUCGUUUCGUUUCUGUUCUGUUCUGUUCUGUUCUGCUCUCUCUCUCUCUCUCCGUCUCGCUUACGAACGCUCCGGGCCACGUCCGCCACUCACUAGUAGAUACUCAAUCGCUCCCGCUUUUUCCUUUUCUUUUUCUUUCCCGUAGCUCUCCUCUCCUCUGUGUUCGCACGCCGUGCGAGCCGACCCCUCCCGUCCUCGGGCAGGGUAAUGUCCUACCGCCCCACCCCACCCCGCCCCACCCCGCCCCACCCACCGCCAAUCCAUAGUCAUUAGUCAGUGGCUCGCUGUACAUACACGCUCGUCUUGCAACGCCGUUUGUUGUUUUAUCGUCUUUUUAUGUCCUUUUUUUUUUUUUUUUUACUUUUCCUGUUCUUCUCCUUUGUUUUCGUUGCCCUGUUUCUCAAAAAGUUAUGCCCUGUUUCUC